CCCACCACCAAAACAUUGCAGUGUUCGGUCUCCUGCGAAUCCGUCCCUGUCCCACUGCCAAGUUGCAUGCCCCUGUGCGAGCCGAGAACGCGCGGCGCGUGAGGCGGCGGUGUCCCGGCGGCUGGCGGCGAUGGACAACGGUAGCGGCGGCGGCGGCGGCGGCCUGUUCGCGUCGGCGGUGGGCGUGGGCGUGGGCGUGGGCGUCGGCCUCGGCCUCGGCCUGGUGUCGGCGGGGCUCGGGCCGUCGAACCCCGGCGGGGGCGGGGCCUCGGGCGGCGGCGCGACGGCCGCGGUGGUGGAGGCGGAGCUCCUGCGGCUGGUCGUUGACGGGCGCGAGACCGGCGUCACCUUCGCCGAUUUCCCGUACUACCUCAGCGAGGAAACGCGGCUGGCGCUCACGAGCGCGGCCUUCCCCUACCUGACUCAGGCUGUCCUGCCGAAGCACAUCCAAGUCCUCGACGACUCGAGCCGCACCAUACUGCUCGGCGGCCAAUCAGGUUCGCCUCCGCUUCAAUGCCUGCUCUUUUGGGUCGGAAAGAAAUACCAUGUUUUGAAAGCCUGGUGUUCUUUUACUGCAGAGACAUGCCUGCUGUCGCUUGCCAAGGCCGUCGCCCACCAGUUCAAUGCGCGCCUGCUGCCACUGGACCUCUUCGAGUUCUCGCGGCUGAUGAAGCACAAGUACGGCGCCCCGAGCGAUGCACAGGUUGAGAUUCCUAAUAGUUCCAUGACCGAGACGACAUGGGACAGAGUGUAUGGUUUUGUUGACUCUUUAAACAUAUUUCGCAAGAAGGCAGAACCAACAGAAUCAUUGGAUCAUCGAAGGGAUAUUCUAGAUGUAAAGACGAGUAUUCACUAUAAGAUCACGCAGCCGGUUGGGCUAUACAUAUCCUUAUUGCCUUGUGCAAAGAAGCAUGACACAGAAUCCGACGAAGAUAAUGAAAUAGUUGUUCCAGUCUGGAGUGUGGAUGAGGAAAUACUCAUGCAAUCCCUUUACAAGGUCAUAGUUUCCGUUUCAGAAUGCAGUCCCCUUAUUCUUUAUAUAAGGGAAGUUAAUGUUCUCCUUGGUAGUUCACCGAGAGCAUAUGAUUUGUUCAAGAAAAUGUUGAACAAAUUAUCUGGAAGAGUUUUGGUAAUUGGUUCGCACUUCCUUACUGCUGAUGAAGAUAGUGGUGAUGUUGAUGAGGAGGUGACUGAACUAUUCCCAUACAUUCUGGAGACUAAGCCUCCCAAAGAAGAGUCUCAUCUUGAGAAAUGGAAAACCCAAAUGGAAAAUGAUGUUGCAAAAGCUCAGGAAGAAUCCUUUGUAACCCACACUGCAGGAGUUCUGUCAGCAUACAACCUGGAAUGUGGUGAUUUGAGUUCUAUCCCUCGGGAUGAUUAUUUCACAAUUGGAAAAUACAUAGAGAAUAUUAUUGCCCCAGCAGUCUCUUACCAUUUGAUGAAUAACAAGGACCCUGAAUACAAAAACGGGAGGCUCAUUCUGUCUUCAACAAGCUUAUCUCAUGGAUUAAAAAUUUUCCAAGAGAGCAACCUUGGGAAAGGUACAGUGGAAACAAAAGUUGACUCGAAGGUCGCUAAAGACAAUGAAUAUGAAAAGCGAAUCAGGGAAUCAUCAGUAAUACCUGCCAGUGAAACAGGAGUGACAUUUGAUGAUAUCGGAGCACUAGCUGAUAUCAAAGAGUCAAUUCAGGAGCUUGUCAUGCUCCCACUUCAGCGGCCUGACCUCUUCAAUGGUGGUCUAUUGAAACCAUGCAGGGGGAUUCUGCUGUUUGGACCACCUGGAACCGGUAAAACUAUGCUUGCCAAGGCUGUAGCCAAUGAAGCUGGUGCUAGCUUCAUUAACAUCUCAAUGUCCACUAUCGUGUCGAAAUGGUAUGGCGAGGCCGAGAAGAGCAUCCGAGCGUUGUUCAGUCUAGCUACAAAAAUCGCACCAGCCAUUAUUUUCGUGGACGAGGUGGACAGCAUGUUAGGGUCACGGGAACGUUCAAACGAACACGAGGUGUCAAGGAGGAUCAAGAAUGAAUUCAUGACGCAUUGGGAUGGACUCUUGUCCAAGCCCAAUGAAAGGAUUCUUGUGCUUGCUGCAACUAACAGACCCUUUGACCUUGAUGAGGCGAUAAUCAGGCGGUUCGAGCACAGGGUGAUGGUUGGGCUGCCAACUCUUGAGAGUAGAGAGCUUAUUUUGAAGAAGCUGCUGUCGAAAGAGAAGGUUGAGGAUAUUGACUUCAAGGAACUCGCGAAAAUGACUGAAGGAUACAGCGGCAGUGAUCUGAAGAAUCUUUGCGUGACGGCUGCUUAUCGCCCUGUCAGAGAGCUACUUCAGAAAGAAAAGGAAAUGAAGAAGGAUAAGAAGGCAAAGGAUGAAGAAGGGAAGAAGGUGCAGGCUGAGGAGCCGACAAACCAAGGAAGCGGGAAGGAAAAGCCAGAAAGCAGCAAAGCCAAGAAAGUCGAAUCAGGGGAAGAAGGUGCCAAGGGCGAAACCAAAGAGACAGCUGCCCUGAGGCCGUUAACCAUGGAGGACUUGAAGAAGGCCAAGGAAGAAGUCGCCACAAGCUUUUCCAGUGAAGGCGCUGUCAUGAACGAGAUCAGGCAGUGGAACGAGCUCUAUGGCAAAGGCGGGUCGAGGAAGAAGCAGGACCUGUCAUACUUCUUUUAGCGAAGGAUUUAGAAUUUAUAUAUGUAUGUAAUAGAAUGUAAGCUGGUUCUGGGUUGUCACCCUGGUGUUGUGCCUUUGGUCCGUGUCGAGAGACAGCGUGAUGUUUGUUCGCAGUUGGUGCAUCAGUUGACCUGUGGUGUCCGUCGUAAGCUUGGUUUAAUCAAUAAUAAGUAGACCUUAUACAUA